CCCCCAGCUGCCACCCGAUGGAGGUCAACCACGCCACCACGCAGAGUGGCUGUAGCGAUCGGGACAGGCCCGCUCAUCCCGGGGUUUUCCCGACCCGCGACGCCGGAAAGAGCGACCCCGAGCCGGCGGAACGCAGCGUGGACUUCCCGGUGUCUGUGGUUCUCCCCGCCGGCGGCACCGGAGAGAGAACGGGACUGCAGACACCCAAACAGUUCUGCUCGUUUCUGGGUCGGCCGCUCAUAAGCUACACUAUCCAGGCUUUCGAGAGGGUGUCGUGGAUCCAGAGCAUCGUGGUCGUCGUAGCCCAAGAAAACACGGACCUGAUGGCGGACAUCGUCCGGCGCUUCCGGCACAGGAAGGUCCGAGCGGUGCCGGGCGGCUCGACUCGUCACAGGUCGAUACGUAACGGGAUCCUGGCUUUAGGGGAGGAGGAGGAGGAAGGGGGGCAGAGGCCGGCGGCGGGAAGGCCGCCGACGGUCGUCCUCAUCCACGACGCCGUGCGGCCUUUUGUGGACGAGGACUUCCUGUACAAGAUCGCCACGGCCGCCAAGGAGCACGGGGCGGCAGGGGCCAUCCGACCUCUCGUUUCCACGGUGAUAGCCACCACGCCGGAGGGACACCUGGACCACUCUCUGGAGCGGGGCAGGUACCGAGCCAGCGAGAUGCCUCAGGGAUUCACAUAUGAUGUCAUCUACCGAGCCUAUCAGCGGUGCAGCCAGUCAGACUUUGACUUUGGCACCGAGUGUCUCCAUCUGGCUCUGCAGUACUGCGGCACCAAGGCCAAGCUCGUCCAGGGGCCGCCCACGCUGUGGAAGGUGACCUACAAACGUGAUUUAGCUGCUGCAGAGUCCAUCAUCAAAGACGCUCUGUCGCGGUCGGCCUGCGUUGUCACGGGCGGAUCCGCACGCGGCGCCGCGCUGGCCGACGCCCUCCGGGAGGCCGUCCGGGCCCUCGGCACGGAGCUGGAUGCCGUCCCAGAUCUGACGGGGGAAAACGCCAGCUAUCCGUUAAAGGAGUGGAACUUCAUCCAGGUUUCUGUGGAUCGUGGCGGCCCGGCUGAGGUGGGAGCGACGCUGGCGGCUCUGCGGGGGGCGAACCGCGCUCCUCUCCACCCGCUGGUGGUCGUGUGGGUCCUUUGGAGCGAUUCGGGCGAGCAGCUCGGCGGGACGGCGGCGGAGACGGCGGCCGUCGUCGCGGACCUGUCCUCGGACGCUAAACUCCGAAAUAUUCUCCUCUACGGCAUCCAGCUGCAUCAGUCAGAGGACACAGAGCGCUGGCAGAGGUCAGUAUCAAAGGUCGCUGAGAUGGCGUCGGUCCUGAUCCGGGAGAGGAGCCCCGCCCUGGUGGGACAGCUUCUGCAGGCCUGAAGGGAAAGGCAAAUAUUUCGACAUAAAAGAUUUAAAUACACCAAUGUGCGUGUGUCUCGACUGCUUAACGUUAGGAAGAUGCCUGUGUUUUUGUACUCCGUGUAAAUGCUUAUUUAAGGCAAUAAAACGGCAUGUGUUUUGCA